AUGGUGGUGAAGAUGAUGAGGUGGCCACCAUGGCCACCAAUUUCCACCAAGAAAUUUGAGGUAGUGAUUGUCGUAGGCAGGCUUGAGGGAUUGGAUACAACUCAAUUUGAGGGUGAGAGAAGAGCUGUGGUUGAGGUUAAAUGGAAGGGCCAGAAGGGUAAGGCUUUGGGGUCUUUGAGACGAUCUGUGAAGAGGAAUUUCACCAAAGAAGGUGGAAUUAGAGAUGAUGGGGUGGUGGAAUUGCAAGAGGAGUUUAGGAGUUUGUGCAGUUUUUCUGGUUAUAAGGAGGGUAUGUUUUACCCUUGGGAGCUUUCAUUUACAGUCUACAAUGCUGAAAACAAAGGAUUGAGAAACAGAGUUGGUGUUUAUGGAACUGCAUCAUUGAACCUAGCGCAGUAUGCUUCGGUGUCUGCGGAAAAGGAACUUGGGCUCAACAUUCCUCUUAAUGUUCUUGUUGUGGCCUCAGAGUCUAAGCCAUCACUUUCUAUAUCUCUGAGCAUAUUGGAAAUGAAAGCCACUCAAGAAUUUUCUGAGACAGUGCCGGGAUCAAUACUUUCUGACGAAGCUAUUUCCACAGAAAAGGAUGAGUUGUCUCCUCUUAAAGCAGGACUGAGAAAGGUGAAAAUCCUUAGAGAUUAUGUUUCAUUUGGUAAAUCAAAGAAGGCAUGCGUUGAGGAAGAUAGCAGUGAUAGUAGGAGUUCCGCUAGAAGUGAGGAUGCUGCAUCCAACUAUCCAUUUGACAGAGAUUCACUUGAUGAUGAUGGGCGGGAGGAAUCAGAGUGGAGUAAGGAGGACUCCAGUGUCAGGCAGUCAAUUAGUUAUGAAACGCUAGCCUAUGCAAACUUUGCUGGUGGCUUGUUUUACUCCAAUACUAAUGGUAAUGGCCAAGAUGACUUUUGGGUCCACUAUAGCAACCGUAAAUUAGAUAUAGGUGGCUUGCAUGUUGACAAUUCUAGUGCACCAGUCUACCGGCCAAACUCGUGGCGGAGUUCCAAGGGAAGAAUCCUACAAUGGAACAAGAGGAAAUUGAGCUUCAGAUCUCCUAAAGCCAAAGGGGAGUCUCUUCUGAAGAAACAUUAUGGAGAAGAGGGUGGAGAUGAUAUUGAUUUUGAUCGCAGGCAGCUUAGUUCCUCUGAUGAAUCCAGUUUUGGGUCACAUCACACAGAAAGUUCCAUUUCUGAAUUCGGAGAUGAGAAUUUUUCUGUUGGCAUUUGGGAGCAUAAGGAAGUGAUAAGCCGUGAUGGACAUAUGAAGCUUCAAACUCAAGUAUUUUUUGCUUCAAUUGAUCAGCGAAGUGAACGUGCUGCUGGAGAGAGUGCAUGCACGGCCCUGGUUGCAGUCAUUACAGAUUGGUUGAAAUCCAACAGAAAUGAGAUGCCUAUCAAGUGUGAAUUUGAUAGUCUCAUUAGAGAUGGAUCAUCAGAGUGGAGAACUCUCUGUGAUAACGAGGCCUACAUAGAGCAUUUCCCUGAUAAGCACUUUGAUCUUGAGACCAUCCUUCAAGCUAAAAUUCGUCCUCUGUCUGUAGUUCCAGAGAAGUCUUUCAUAGGAUUCUUCCAUCCUGAAGAACUAGAAAACAGGAAUUUUGACUUCCUUCUGGGUGCCAUGUCCUUCGAUAGCAUAUGGGAUGAGAUCAGUCGUUCUGCAUCAGAAUGUGCAUGCAAUAGUGAACCUCUGGUCUACAUUGUGAGUUGGAACGACCAUUUCUUCAUACUAAAGGUAGAGCAGGAUGAUUUUUACAUAAUUGACACAUUAGGGGAGAGGUUGUAUGAAGGUUGCAACCAGGCCUAUAUCCUGAAAUUUGACAAAGACACAACAAUCCAAAGAUUACCAAGUGAGACUAAAGCAUCAGAUGAGAAAUCUGGAAAUCAGGUGCGACCGAACAACUGUAAGGAAACUAAGGCUGAAGGGGCUCUUGUAUUGAGCCAGAAAGAUUUAGAAAAUAGUGAUGUGGAAGAGGAGGUUGUAUGCAAAGGCAAAGAAGCUUGCAAAGAGUAUAUUAAGAGCUUUUUGGCUGCUAUCCCGAUAAGGGAAAUGCUGGCAGAUCUUAAGAAGGGUUUGAUGGCAUCAACACCUCUUCAUCAUCGUCUACAAAUUGAAUUCCAUUGUACCAAGCUCUUGCAGUCAAUGGAUGAAUAUUCUGUAAAAGAAACAGCAGCUACUGCACCAGCAAUGGCAGUUGCAUAA